AUGCGAGCCGGGUAUACGGUGAGCGACCUUGUAAAAGACAAUUCUAACAAGUCACUAUCAAUAUCAUCCACCUCCUGUGACUUGCCAAAUAAUCAAUUACCUAAACCUAACUUCAUCCUACAUACUUGUUAUAACAAAUAUCUAUCUAGUCAGCUUCUACCUCCACUACUACAUCCUCAAACUAUAGAAUCAUUCUUUGCAUAUAUUAAUAAAAUCAAACACACAUCUAACAGAUACUUAUACAAGCCAAUUAUUUCUAUUAAAAAAGAUCACAGUGAAGCACACAUAUAUCUCUCCAAUGAAUUCAAACCACUCAAAGAUCACAUUAUUCUACAAACAGACCAAUACCUAAAAUACUCUCAAAUACCACUAAGAUCUUACUCUGAAUACACUACACCUAAUACAGUGCCAGAUAUCUUUAUAUCAACACCAGUAUCUAUACCUGAAGUUUCUACAACAGAAACAAAUGAUUUAAACCAAAACCCACAAGACCAACUAUACAGUAACCCAUCACA